AUGGAGAAGGCUAAUGGAGUGACCAGAAUCUCCACUGGCCUGACAGAAGCAGUCCAGAAUUCUCAACUGACGAUCUACAGUGUGAUUCGUGCUCACUCUGCAUUUAGUAACCACCAUGUUCUGCGCCUGCACUCUGUGAAGAUCACUCUACAUAAACGCUUCAUCACACCUUCCCCAAAUACCCUGCAAUGCCAUUCUGCAACAAGCAACGUGGACCAAGUAGUGCAGUGCGCUGGCAUUGAAGACCGCUGCUUCACCCUUGGAAUUAGUGGUCUUGGACUGGUCCAAGGUUGUGCCUCACAAAGUGCCUGUGACAAUGUGCAGAUGAUUGCAGACUACUUUGGAUUCACCACAAUAUCAAAUAUCAGCUGCUGCCAAGGAUCUUUCUGCAACAAUGUGACCAACAAUGUGAAUUCAUACAACAUUUUCCAAAGACAGUGUGCCGUUCCGGAGAGCUGCAAUGUGAGCGUCUCACUGAACUACGGAUAUGGAAGCACAGCCUGGAUUUCUCAGUGCUGCAGCUCAGACCUGUGUAAUGCUGAAAACGUUAGCGUUGCCAGCGACCCCAAUGGCUUAGUCUGCUGUGCUGGAUUGAACGGCCUGUGCCAGAGGCUGGUCAUGUGCACUGGCAUUCAGGACCACUGCUUUAUCUCAGAUACCGGAUUAUCUGCAUAUUCAGGUUGUGCGUCACAAAGCGUGUGUGACAAUCCCGUCACAGCAGCUGCCAGCCUGCAGAUCUCUCUGAGCCAACAGACUCACUGCUGCCAAGGAAAUGUCUGCAAUAAACCCAAUGUCACUUUAAGCUGCUAUGUGUGUCAGUCGUCACCUUCGUGGGACGUUUGUGAAAACACGACAACUUCAUGUGAUUCUGAAAAUUCAGCCUGUGGAGUUUUUGUCAAUGUUAACAGCUCUGGCUUGGGAGUGACAAACAGUGAGACCGAGAGGUCCUGUGUUACGCUGGACAGAUGCAACACAACAGAGUCAACUAACUAUGGACUUGCAAGUAGCAUUUGGACAUCCCACUGCUGCGACACCGACCUGUGCAACACAGAAACAGUCGUGUCUAACACAUCUGGUGUCAUAAACGGGCUGCUCUGCUGUGCAACGACGGAUGGGACGUGCCAGAAUGCGGUGCAGUGCACUGGCGUUGAGGACAACUGCUUUACAUCAGAUGACGGACAAAACGUGUACAGGGGAUGCACCUCCCAGAGCGUGUGCAACGACCCGCCACACUCCCUGACCGCCCGCAGUUGGCCUUUUAUGUCUAACAGCAGGUGCUGCCAAGGAAAUUUGUGCAAUCGACCAGACACUUUGACUUGCAACAACUGUUACGCCACUUCAUGGACAACAUGUGAGAGCCACGCUGAGGUGUGCCCUCAGGGUGACAUGUACUGCGUGUCCUCUGCUUAUUCCUACGUGACGCUUGACACCUCUGCCGGUCCAAACGGACUUGUUUGCUGUUCUGGAGAAGACGGAAGUUGCCAGUCUGUUGUGCAGUGCAUUGGUUUUCAAGACAAGUGUUUCACUUCAGGUUCUACCCGUGGAUGCAUUUCAAACAGCAGUUGUUCCAGUCCUUCGAUGAGAUGCUGCCCAGGAAGUUUCUGCAAUGAUCCAAGGUUCGAUCUGAUGUGUUAUAACUGCAUUUCUAACUCCACUUUGGAAAUCUGUGAUGGGAAUGUAGUGCCAUGCAGCUCUCAGAACUCGGCGUGUGCCAGCAUGGUGGAGUCCAGCACCGCGGGGUGGACUUUUCAACAAUUUUGUGCACCUGAACAAAGCUGUAAUGUAAGUUUGUCCAUAAACUAUGGCGCUGGGAGUCAGACAAGGAUUUCGAGAUGCUGUCUUUCAGACCUGUGCAAUGACCAAGCAGUCAACGUAUCGAGUGACGCCAAUGGCCUGGUGUGCUGUGCUGGGACUGAUGGCACCUGCCAGCAGACCAUCAACUGUACAGGUGUUGAGGACCACUGCUUCACCUCAAAUGACGUAUGGACGACAUUCAUGGGCUGCUCUUCAAAGGACGCUUGCGAUCUCUCAGCAAAUUCAUGGGCCAUCUUGCCAGGUUUUCUUUCUCCUCAGAUAAGCUGCUGUCAGGGUGACCUCUGCAAUCAGCCAGCUCCCAGGCUCAGUUGCAAUAACUGCUUCUCCUCCAAUUCCUGGGAAACGUGUUACAAUGGAAUCACGACCUGCGGAUCUGACCAAACGACCUGUGCAUCCAUCUUCAGCGCCCAAACUUCAGACGUAGCCACCUUCAACACUUUUGUCCGGCAUUGUUCAACUCCAGAGAAGUGCAAUCUUACGUUGUCCAUUAAUUCUGGAUUACAGACGAGCACCUGGGUCUCACAGUGCUGCUCAACCGAUGUCUGCAACACUGAAAAUGCUGACAUGCCUGGCAUUCCAAACGGACUGGUGUGCUGUGGAGGGAAUGACGACUUCUGUCAGAGUACCGUCAACUGCCUGGGCGUCCAGGACCAAUGCUUCACCUCAGACAUCGGUGGAAUCAUCUCCAGAGGGUGCUCUUCAAAGAGUGUCUGCGCAGAUCCCGUAAAUGCAAGUGCAGUUUUACAGAUGAGCCUGAGCCCGCAGAUGCAGUGCUGUGAAGGCCACCUCUGCAACAACCCAAAUGCCUUUCUGAUUUACAACGAAUGCUACAGCCGUUCCUGUGACGAGUGCCAAAACAACGUCACCCUGUGCAGCUCACAGUCGUCUGCUUGUGGAGUGCUGGUGGGAUCCUAUAACAUGGUCUGGACCAACUACACCAUUUUUAAUGCGGGCUGCAUUCCCACGCAGACCUGUAACUGGAGUCUGUCAAUUGACUACGGCCAUGGAAGUAAUAGCUGGAGCUCCUGGUGCUGCAACUCCAGUCUAUGCAAUGUAGAAAAAGCUAAUAUUUCUAGUGAUCCAAAUGGACUGGUAUGCUGCGCUGGAAUGGACAGGACUUGCCAAAACUCCAUGAACUGCACCGGCAUUCAAGACCACUGCUUCAUUUCAGAUAAUGGCCAGCAGGUGUACGCCGGCUGCACGUCCAAGGGCGUCUGUGACAGUCCGCUCAGGGCAAGCAUCUUCCUGAACAUACCGCUCAGCUCUCACAUCGACUGCUGUCAGGGACCCCUCUGCAAUGAGCCUGGUGAGUGCACUGAAUGA